AUAAAAAGUCCAAGUACGUUCCGGUAUACUUCAUAGAUUUAAUGCUAGAACUAAGAACUGUCACCUAUGUGCAUUAUGUGUAAAACUUGGAAAGUUAAAAAAAGUAAGGAUAAUUUUCACGAGACCUUGAAUUGAUUACAAGUCAACGGAAUAGUUUUCGAAUUAGGAGAAUAAUAAGAGUAUUCAGUUUACUUUUUUCGUCUCAACGCUCAAAGCAUAUAAAAAGCUACUAUUUAUAAAUCGUAUUUAUGUUUGAUAGUAAAUUGCCAUACAGAUGGUGUUGAUAUUGACAGAUAUGAAAGAUUGAUCCAGCUUACCGCUUCAUUCAUCUUUAUCACGGCUGUGACAUUGUGGUUUUUUGUGACAAGUAUUACGUCGCUACCUCUGGUUUUAUUUUGAUUGUUUGUUUGAAGUUAAUAUUUACAGUAUUAGGAGGUAUGAAAAUUACAAAAGAAUAUCACCGUUGACAAUAUUUUAUAUGCAUUUUUGGUUAAGUGGUGAAAAGAUAUUUGAACACAUAAACAUACAUCAACUAGUAAUUUUUGUAUCUAAUACGUAAACAGUUAUCAGUAUGUUGAACGAAGUUAUGUUGCUAGAAGAACUGAAUUACGAAGAAGCGAAGCAAUAUGUUGGUGGAGUUAUAUUUGUUACAAUAAUCAUGAUUAUUGGAUUAAUCGGAAACCUGCACGUGCUUUUUGUCUAUACAUUCCGCAUGAAACCUUCAAAUCAUCGAAUAUUCAUUUUAUCAUUAGCUGUGUUAGAUAUGAUAACUUGUAUCGUCGGUAUGCCUUUCAUCAUUGUUGAUCUGAGAAAUCCGUUGACAUUCACGAUGGUAUCAGCCUGCAAAGUCCUACGAUUCGUCAACUAUUUCAUCUGUAUAUCAUCAGCCUUGAUCUUAACGGUCAUUGCUAUAGACAGAUACCGAAAGAUAUGUGUUCCUCUUGGUAGGCAGAUUUCAAGACGAAUAGCGAAAGUUUUGAUCUUGGUUUGUCUUGGAACAUCUAUGGUUCUAUCCUGGCCAGCACCAGUACUGUAUGGACAUAGUUCCAUUAAUACAACGAAUCCAAACAUUACAGGAGUCCGAUGCUUUACUGAAGAUCAAUUCAAAACUACUAAAUUCCAAGCAUAUUUCAACGCAGUUUUAAUUUUAGUUGUAUUUGGGGUAUUUGGAAUACUAUUGGUGAUGUACAGUCUUAUUGGAAGGGUUAUAUCUAAACACACGACAUUUAAAAGUUCAGUUCCAGGUGCAACAAGUUCAGAUUCUUCUAAAACUAAAAUAACAGUUUCAACAGAUGCCAGUUCUGAAGACAAACCUGUUUUUAAAGGAGAAAAUAUCACGAAAAACAUCAAAAUAGCCAAUUUUAAGGAAAAAGUAAUGAUAGAACUUCCAAUGGCUUCAACAGAUUCUUCAUCAAGUGUCGGCACCAAUCAUACACAUGUUAAAGCUAAAACGAAGAAACAUGAAAAGACUAAGUUUGAUAGGGCAAAACGAACUACGUUUAUGUUUUUUCUCAUCACUGCAUUUUUCUUUAUAAGUUAUUUCCCUCAUUUAACUCUGAAAAUCUUAGCAUUUGUUAAAACAGGGUUUGUGUCUAAUAUGUCCUUCAGUGGGAAAGUACUUUACAAUACUUUCGUUUGGUGCUUCUUUAUCAAUAAUAUGUCAAAUUGUUUUGUUUACGGAUUUUGUGACACUCGAUUUAGAACAGAGGUGAAGAAAAUAUACAACACACUUUUUUGUAGAAAGAGAUAGAAGAAAUCAGACGUUGGUAUUGAAGAAACUUUUGUGACCUAUUAAAACUUUAUUAAAGUUUUUAAUUGUCUAGUAUAAAUUUGAUAAUACUUGUUUUGAAAAGUGAAUAUUGUCAAUGUCUGCUGUAAAUGCUUUACUGUUUUUCACCAAGUACAUUGAUAAAAAAUCACCAUUUAGAUCAAUUGUUUUUACAGCAAAAGAGAUAUAAAAACAACUGGGUACAAAAAAAAACCACAGAAGACACUGGCAGACACUGCACAAUUUUUAUACCAUAUUGCCCUAGAUCAUUUGAAAAUCUAAUUUGGGAAAUAUUAACAAUUUCAUUUAUAUAAAAACAAAGAGAUUUUGAAUGAUAGCAAAUGAGACAUCUAUCCACAAGAGUCCAAAUAACGAAUAUAAAAGUUAUUCUAUGACACCGCACGGUCUUCAACAAUGAGAACAGUAUAUCGUAAAGUCAGCUAUUAUGGACUCGACUCGUAUCAUGAGGAACAAUUCAAACGAGAAAUUGAUUGUCGAAUUCAUACAAUAUAGUUUACUCCAAAUAGAUAUGACAGACAUGAAUCACCAACAUCCACUGAAUAACAGACUCCUGACUUGGGAAAGGUAAUAAAUAAAGUGGCGGAUAACAUGUUUGUGGGUGCUAACCUCCCAACCUACCCCUAAAAACUGGGACAGUGAUUUUGCAGCACAAUAUUAGAAUAAACUGUUCAAACUUAUUUGCAGAUGCCAAACCCAAUCGACCAGUACGAAACCCUCAUACAUAAAAACAAAAGACACAAAGUAAAGAUUUGAAUGAACUCCUAGUUAUCGAAAGCUAUUUCAAAGUUCAAUAUAUCUAAUAGAUAAAACAUUUUGUAUCAAACUAGAGUAUCAUUUAGUACACAUCAUCCAAAUUUAGUAAAAAGGAGAUUCUGUCAACUCCUUUAGCUUGGCAUUGCACACAAUCAUCUAUUUCUCUGACAAUUUAUUACGUCUUUAUCCUUAAUCCAUUGGAUGUUGGAUGUGUACUGAUUGAUAACUUAGUCUUAGAUGCAUGACUUUUUUUAUAUUAUUUGUUUUUGGUUUGAACUCGCUGUCCGCAACUACAAUUACUCUCAAACUGUUGUUGGGAUGUACAAGUACCCGGUCACGUUUGCUUUUGUUUUAUGUAUAUCUAAAGAGUUAAGCCUUUUUAAAAUGAUUUUUAUAGUUCAUUCUUGUGAUGAACUGUUACACCAUUGUCCUAGGUUAGUUGAUGGUUAGGAUACCGAUAAAGGUUCAACUCAGUCACAUUCUGUAUGUAUGUGCCUGUCCAAAGACAGGAGCCUGUAAUGCAGUGGUUGUCGUUGGUUGCUGUGUUACAUAUUUGUUCUUUGUUAAUAUCUUUGUACAUUAAUAAGGCUAUUAGUCUUCUCGGUUUUUACAUUUGUGAUAUCGGGGCCUUUAAUGACUAUGCGGUAUGGGCUAUGCUCAUUGUUGAAGUUUGUACAGUGACCUAUAGCUGUUAAUACCUGUGUCAUUUGGUCUCUUGUGGAGAGUUGUCACAUUGGCUAUAAUAACACAUUUUCUUCUUUUAUAUAUAUAUAAACAGUUUAAUAAAAGCGCUCUUCCUUUA